AUGUUCAAAGGCCGUGACGCAGACGCUGCAGAUCCCGGAUCACAACAGGCCGCGCUCAUAAACACUGAGGGAAAGAAGAGCCAGUGCCCGUCCAGUUAUCCUCCGACUGGGGCCCGGCCAGUUAUCCUCCGACUGGGGCCCGGCCAGUUAUCCUCCGACUGGGGCCCAGAAAGUUAUCCGGGGCCCGGCCAGUUAUCCUCCGACUGGGGCCCGGCCAGUUAUCUUCCGACUGGGGCCCGGCCAGUUUACCUCUGUCUGGGGCCUGGCAAGUUUACCUCUGUCUGGGGCCUGGCCAGUUUUCCUCUGUCUGGGGCCCGGCCAGUUUACCUCUGUCUGGGGCCUGGCAAGUUUACCUCUGUCUGGGGCCCGGCCAGUUUACCUCUGUCUGGGGCCUGGCAAGUUUACCUCUGUCUGGGGCCUGGCCAGUUUACCUCUGUCUGGGGCCUGGCAAGUUUACCUCUGUCUGGGGCCCGGCCAGUUUACCUCUGUCUGGGGCCUGGCAAGUUUACCUCUGUCUGGGGCCUGGCCAGUUUUCCUUUGUCUGGGGCCUGGCCAGUUUACCUCUGUCUGGGGCCUGGCCAGUUUUCCUCUGUCUGGGGCCCGGCAAGUUUACCUCUGUCUGGGGCCCGGCCAGUUAUCCUCCGACUGGGACCCGGCCAGUUAUCCUCCGGCUGGGGCCCAGAAAGUUAUCCGGGGCCCGGCCAGUUAUCCUCCGACUGGGGCCCGGCCAGUUAUCUUCCGACUGGGGCCCGGCCAGUUACCUUCCGACUGGGGCCCGGCCAGUUAUCUUCCGACUGGGGCCCGGCCAGUUAUCUUCCGACUGGGGCCUGGCCAGUUAUCCUCCGACUGGGACCCGGCCAGUUAUCCUCCGGCUGGGGCCCAGAAAGUUAUCCAGGGCCCUGCCAGUUAUCUUCCGACUGGGGCCCGGCCACACACCUCAGCCCGGCUCUCCUCAGCCCGACACGCCUGAGCCUGGCACGCCUCAGCCCGGCACGCCUCAGCCCUGUCCGCCUCAGCCCUGCACGCCUCUGCCCAGCACACCUCAGCCCGACACGCCUGAGCCCGGCACGCCUCACAGCCCGGCACGCCUCAGCCCGGCACGCCUCAGCCCUGCACGCCUCAGCCCUGCACGCCUCAGCCCUGUCUGCCUCAGCCCUGUCUGCCUCGGCCCGGUACACCUCAGCCCUGUCCGCCUCAGCCCUGCACGCCUCAGCCCUGCACGCCUCAGCCCUGCACGCCUCAGCCCUGCACGCCUCAGCCCUGCACGCCUCAGCCCUGCACGCCUCAGCCCUGCACGCCUCAGCCCUGCACGCCUCAGCCCUGUCUGCCUCAGCCCUGUCUGCCUCGGCCCGGUACACCUCAGCCCUGUCUGCUUCAGCCCGGCACGCCUCAGCCCUGCACGCCUCAGCCCUGCACGCCUCAGCCCUGCCCGCCUCAGCCCUGCACGCCUCAGCCCUGCACGCCUCAGCCCUGUCUGCCUCAGCCCUGUCUGCCUCGGCCCGGUACACCUCAGCCCUGUCCGCCUCAGCCCUGCACGCCUCAGCCCUGCACGCCUCAGCCCUGCACGCCUCAGCCCUGCACGCCUCAGCCCUGCACGCCUCAGCCCUGCACGCCUCAGCCCUGUCUGCCUCAGCCCUGUCUGCCUCGGCCCGGUACACCUCAGCCCUGUCCGCCUCAGCCCUGCACGCCUCAGCCCUGCACGCCUCAGCCCUGCACGCCUCAGCCCUGCCCGCCUCAGCCCUGCACGCCUCAGCCCUGCCCGCCUCAGCCCUGCCCGCCUCAGCCCUGCACGCCUCAGCCCUGCCCGCCUCGCCUCAGCCCUGCACGCCUCAGCCCUGCACGCCUCACAUCUGCACGCCUCAGCCCUGCACGCCACAGCCCUGCACCGUGUCGUGUCCGUGUGUCACUGAAGAGGCAACACAGCUGGCUUGCUCGGGCGCCAUGGCAACAGCGAUGCCAGAAAGCGUUAAGGAGGGAAAAGAAGGGGGGGGGGGGGUGGGGGGGUGA